CCAAAGCGCGCCACUGAGAGGCUUCUCGACUGUUCUUCUUCCAUGGCGAUUGGCAAAAUGAGCCCUAGUUCCACACUCCUACCAGAAAUACCAGAGCUAGAAAAUCAUAUUCAAAACCGAAAAAUUCAUUAAAAAUAAUAAUAAUAAAGAAAUUAGUAAUUUGAAAAAAAAAAAAAUUAAGAAACCUAGUCAUGGAUCCUGAAACGGCGCUAGGGCUAGUGAAGCAGGGCUCGGCGCUUCUACUUUUGGGCGUUCCUCAAUACACUCUAGUCGGGAUUGAUACUCAGAUGUCUUCAGUAGGGCCUGCUUUCAAAGGCAUAAAGAUGAUCCCUCCUGGCAUACAUUUUGUGUAUUAUAGUUCAUCAAGCAGAGAUGGGAAGGAGUUCUCACCAAUAAUUGGGUUUUUUGUUGACUCUGGCCCUGCUGAGGUAAUUGUUCGCAAGUGGGAUCAACAAGAGGAACGGCUAGUCAAAGUAUCAGAAGAUGAGGAAGAGAGAUACAGUGAAGCAGUCAGAAAUUUAGAAUUUGACAGACAUCUUGGUCCUUAUAAUUUAAGCCAGUAUGGAGAUUGGAAGCGAUUGUCUAAUUACAUUACAAAGAGUGUUAUCGAACGGAUUGAACCCAUUGGAGGAGAAAUCACUGUUGCAUGUGAAUCAAUGGUUAAAAGUACUUCUAAAACAACAAUGGAGAAAGCUCUAGAUGAGCAAUUGAAGGAUAGUAAGUUCUCAAUGCCUGUUGACAACUCUCAGAGAAGAGGAUGCUACUACACAUCUAUUCCCCGUGUUAUCAAGCAAAGAGGAGUUGAGGGGCAAGAACUUACAUCCCUGAAUCUUGACAAAACACAAUUGUUAGAGAGCAUACUGAACAAGGAUUAUGGAGGUUCUGAAGACUUGCUUCUUGGAGAGAUGCAAUUUGCAUUUGUAGCGUUUUUGAUGGGGCAAUCGCUAGAAGCAUUUCUACAGUGGAAGUCUUUGGUCAGCCUUUUAUUUGGGUGUACUAAAGCACCUUUCCAGACAAGGAGUCAGCUAUUCACAAAGGUUAUCAAAGUCGUCUAUUAUCAACUUAAAUACGGACUCCGCAAAGAUCCCACAGAUACAAAUGCUGGUGAAUCCACAUUGUUAGAUGAUUCCUGGUUUUCUGCUGAUAGCUUUCUACAUCGCCUUUUCAAGGACUUUUUUUGGCUGGUGCAAGAUGCCUCAGUUGUUGAUGGUGAUCUUUUGACAUGGACAAGGAAGCUCAAGGAACUGCUUGAAAACAAUCUUGGGUGGGAAUUCCAGCAGAACAGUGAAAUUGAUGGGAUGUACUUGGAAGAUGAUGAGUUUGCCCCUGUGGUUGAGAUGUUGGAUGACCAAAGUUCUGAAGCCCCGGCAACCUAGAGAUUGUACAUAAUGUAAUAAUGUAAUAUGUCUAUAACACAUUACAGGAUAGCCAAUCAGAAUGUUUAUAAAACCUCCCAAGUAGAUUUCAUUUCAUCUGAGAAUGUUGUUUUUAACUAAACUAUGACAUUUUGUCUGUUUAUGCUUGUCGAUUGGAGAAUUAAUGAAGCAAUUUUCUUGGAUUGCCUAAA